CCGGAACAAAGUAACGACUAUCGAGUAGUGGUGUUCGGGGGCGGAGGCGUUGGAAAGUCAAGUCUUGUGACCAGAUUUAUGAGAGGAACUUUUCGCGACUCAUAUAUACCGACCAUUGAGGACACCUACAGACAAGUGAUUUCUUGCAAUAAAAAUGUCUGUACUCUACAAAUCACAGACACCACUGGAUCCCAUCAGUUCCCUGCAAUGCAAAGACUUAACAUCACUAAAGGACACGCAUUCUUCCUCGUCUAUAGACACCACUGGAUCCCAUCAGUUCCCUGCAAUGCAAAGACUUAACAUCACUAAAGGACACGCAUUCUUCCUCGUCUAUAGCAUAACAUCGAAGCAGAGUCUGGAGGAACUGAUUCCUAUAUAUCGGCAAAUAAUUGAAGUAAAGGCUGGAACUGGAGAGUCAAAUAUUCCGAUACUAUUAGUGGGAAACAAAUGCGAUGACUCCUAUCGUGAAGUAAGCAAUGAUUUUGCAAUUGAGGUCAUCAGCAAAGUUAUGAAAGGAUGCGCUUUCAUCGAGACGUCGGCCAAAACCAGUCUCAAUGUUUACGAGGCUUUUCAGGAAUUGUUGUCGUUGGAUAAAAAUCGGAAUAUAUCACUGAAAUUGGAUUAUAAAAAGUCGAGAUCACAGCUUAGGAAAGAGAAAUUGAAGGGUCACUGUUCUCUAAUGUAAUGGCAUUUAAUUAGAUGCCGACAAUUGCUUUACUUUAUAUAUGAUACACAAAAGGCUUCACAGCGUUUAGAAUAUGAGGUUAGGAUUGGAAACGAAAUACCGAUAAUAAUAUCGUAAACAGGAAUACCAAACAAAAUAAUACCAUUAAAUCAAUAAUCGUUUUGAAUCUUUUUAUUAUUGAAGGAAUUUA